AUGGCAUUUGAGAGGAGGCGGGCGGCAAGGGGAGACUCUGAAACAACGAAACCCGUGGCCGAGGUAGGGGAAGGAGAAGAACCGCUCAGCGUUGAUGAAGAGCCCCCAUUCGAUGCUGAGGACAUCGAGGCAAAUACACAACUGGAGACACUCAUUAUGAAUAGGCAUCUCUUGUUCCCAAAUGCUGUACAGCUAUCAGAACAGCAGCCGACCCUAAAGCGAAGACCACUCACAGUGCGCAAGGCCAACGGACAAAGCCGAGCACCACCAGGAAGGUCAACAAUUUCGAAUAGUAAGCCGGUCGUCAGAAAACAGGCAGCUGCCUUCGGGAAAGCUCAACCUACACGUGACGAGGUUUUGCAGAGACUGAAGGUGAUUCAGCGAGAAACUCAGAAUCUUCAGCGAGCAACCACAAGGGCAAAAGAUGCCAAAGCAAAUAGUGAUGGGCUGAAGAGCGAACCGCAUGGGAAUCCCGGUCAGCCUCAGUCCCCCGUGUCUGUUGCGGAGGUGCAAAAAAUAGCAGAUGCUAGUGCUGAACUGAAGACGCUCGUUGACGAUUUUGAAGCUCUUUCAACAGAAGCUCUUACGUUCAGAAGAGAGAGACCCGACCUGUUGCGUCCCGACAGCGAUGAGGAUGAAAAUAUUUCCGAGGUGUCUGCAGACUGUUGGAAGCUUGAAAAUGAAGUGCAAACUAUUCUCCUUGCUGCAAGAGACUUGCAGAUAUCUGUUUCAAAUCUUGUACAAGUGCAAAAUAAGGUAGAAAAGCUCGCAAAUUCUUCAACGAUCAAGGACGUAGCCCAGUAUGGGGAAAGAAUAGAGAGUCACAUGUAAUGCGAAGAGGUGAGAUUGUUAGCGUGGCAAAAGCCCUAGAAUCUAGAGAAAGAACGAAUAGGAAGGAAAAGUUUUGUUUUA